UACAUUUUUUUCUACAAUUUCAAAAUUCCCGCCUCUAUAAAUACCCAAUUUUCCUCUCUUCGAAACCAAAACGCGCAAAAAUUUGCAGAGACCCCAAAUAUGAGGAAGGGAACAGCUAAGAGAUCAACCACGGCGGAGCUCCUCGCAUCACCGCCAGCACCGACGUCGAACACGGUGGCAGCGAGGAGCCCCACCUUGUCACCACCAGAAUCUCCCGUGAAGCAAUUCGAGUUCAAUCUCAAUGGAUUUACCACCUCAACCACCAAACUGACAUCACCGAAGAAGAAAAGCUGCAAAAAAAGCGGUGCAAGUGCACCAGACUCCAAAAUGAAGCAGCCUACUGGAAUUUUGCAGCCGUCGCUGAAAAGCGUGAGCACAAUUUCUGAUCUGAAGGAUCUGGCUUCUUCUAAACUGGAAUCCAUCAAGUGCCAGCUGGAUUCAUCGCACUCUGAAAUUAUGAAGGACUUGGAAGCAUCACAGCAUCGUCUCCAGAAGCGGCUUAAGCUUCAAAAACAAGCAUGUCAGCAAGUAAUGGAUGAAGCAGAAAAGGAAUACAAAAAGAUGUCUGAGCGAAUAAAUGAAGGUCGAGAUGCGAUGAAGGCUUCAUAUGUGGAAUUCUUAGAAGCAGCACAGGCUAGUGCAUGUCGCUUACUUAAAACAUCUAUCCCGGAGCUUUCACAAUCCUUUGAGAAAUCUAUUGAUACACUCAAGAGUCGCUAUGGGAUCUCAUCAACUGCAGAUUGACAGACGGAAUUUUCACCCUUUGGAAUAAUUUCUCCGGAUUUGCUGGAACUGGGAGGUCAUUUUAGCCACUAGUGUCAAUACUUUCUGCUUGUAUAAAUCAGAUUCUCCGUUUGGCUGUUGAAUUGGUUAAUCAGCAGCUUUCUUAGGCUAGUUAACGACAUCUAGUUGUGGCAUUCAUGCUUUAUCGUGUCAUAGACAGAUAGUUACAUAUUUCGAGUCUUGUAUUGUUACUUUAAACGUUUGGCAC